AUGGCGGCCGACCUGUCGUUCGGCUCGAUUCCCCCAUUCUAUCGGGAGGUGUAUGAUAUCGUGUGUCCUAACCAAGAGCAGGUUGACCGGGAGUUGUUCGUGCAGUUGUUGGUUCAGUCAAGCCUGCCGAAGCAAACUGUUAUGCAGAUAUGGGAUCUUGUGGACACAAACCAAGGAUUCAUGACAAGAAAUGGCCUGUACAAGGCAUUGGCUCUGACAGCUCUGGCUCAGCAAGGGAAGGUCUUGAGUGAUAAGUUGCUGGAGACAUACUCUGGUCAAGAACUACCAAAGCCGUCUCUUGGUGACUUGUCAGAUUUGAAAGCGUCCAGUGUGCGUCUGAGAAGGCAGCGUACACCAAAUGUCCUGUGUCUUGACUACAAGGAACUAUGUGAAAUUGACACAGUAAAAGUAGAAUUAGUGCCGGAGAAGAAAGGAAUCAUUCUGAAGCAUGUUGAAUAUGAAAUCACAAGUCAGAGAAACAAGGCUACAGUUCUACGCCGAUAUAAUGAUUUUGUUGCCCUCCAUGAACUUCUUUCGGCAAGGUUUCCAUACAGAGUAAUUCCACGUCUGCCUCCAAAGAAAGUUGGAGCGUCAAGAGAGUUCAUUGAACAGAGAAAGAAAAGUUUGCGGCGAUAUCUGAAUAUAAUAGCUCGACACCCACAGAUGUUUGAUGACAAGCUGCUGAAGUUUUUCCUAACUUUCACCGGAAAUGACGUUCAACAGAAAAUUCGUGAGCAGUUCCGAAACAUUCCUGAUGAGUUCAUGACAAGUGAUAUGUCUAGUAGAGCUAAGGAUUUGGUACCGAUGGAUACACAGAUGCAGCUAGCAAAUAGUAAGGAGCAUAUCAAAGUGGUGUUUGAAUGUGUCAGCAAGCUAAAAGAUGUUGCAGAAAGGAUGGUGUGUCGGUCAGCCACUUUUGCUACAGACAUGCUACAGAUGGGCCGCCAGUUUGGCAUUCUUGGCAACGACAUCACACCACUCAGCAGUUGGACAACAGGCACCAGUAAAACAUGGGGGCGCCUUCAGAAGGGUUUCAAGCACUUGUCUGUGGAGUUUGCAUCUCUUGCAGAUAAGUCCAUGCAAGCGGCUGUUGAUGAGGAAGAAGGCGUUGUGGAAAAGUUGUCAUUUUUCCAGGAUCUUAUCACAGCUUACAAAGACUUGUGUGACCGACAUGAGAAAGGCGUUUUACACGAUCAUCAAAAGGCCAUGCAGAAAAUGGGCCAGUAUAAGAAAAAGAGGAUGUCUGCAACAGUGCAGAACUCAGAGACCAGUGCGGUUGAACAGUUGGAACAGAAAAUCCUGGAGCAAGAGGACCUUCUGGCGAACAUGGAGAACCGGAACUAUUUCUCUUUGCACUGCUUGCAGAUGGAGACUCAGUUGGUGCACACACAUCUGGACAUUUUUUAUGAAUUUGUUGCUUGUUUGUCCACUGUGGAAUCAAAAACAAAUGCAGAUAUGUCCGACAUUUGGAAGUCAAUGGAACCAACCAUAGCCAGUUUGUCACCCACAGAGCCCUUAUCUUCCCCUAGCGCUCGUCUGUCUCCGCUAGGGUCGCCAAGCAAUAAUAACAACAACAAUAAAUAUCUAACAAACAGCACAUAG